AAGAGCAGUAAGAGCAGCAAUACUCCUGACCUUAUUUCCAUGGAUUUACAUCUAGAGCUGCUGGUCUUCAAGCACAGACUAGCUCUCAAACUGUCUGACUCCUGGACAGAAGAAAUGGGUUUGUUGGAGUUUAAAAAGCCACACACUAAUCAAGCUCAGACUUCAGAAACACACAGACCUACAGGAGAUGCUGCGUUGCUUGAAAAAAUUAAGAAGAACAAAAUCUCGAAGUGUGUUUUCCUGGUGCAGAAGGCUUUAUUGUCAUUCAGAAAGGACCAGACAAGCCGAGAGACCAGGAAAUUACUUGAGGAGGCCAUAAUGUUGGUAGAGAAAGCUGAGCUAGAAGAGAGAAGGCUGGCUAGUUGUUGGUUAUCUUCAGAGAAUAGUUCAGGACUGGCAGAGAAGAGACAGCCUCCACCAACUCCAAUACUUCUCUCACGCACCAAUCGCUCUAUGACCUUCAAACCUGCACUAUACACACUGGAGAAGGAGGUAAUCUGGUACUGCAUUUAUGGAAGAGAGUCUGAAGGUGUCAACCUUAAAGUACGUCUUAAAGACUGCUACCUGCCUGGGACUGGAGAUAUGAUUCCUGCCAAAGGUGAAUGUUUACUUCAUGUAAGCGGCUUGGAGUCAGAUAAGCAGUAUAUUUUUGCAGUGGCUGCUUUUGAUGCUAAGGGCGAAAUGGUAGGAAAGGCCAUUGGAGAGACAACCAAACCUCUUCUGGCCUCUCUGCCUCUACCUGUGCUGACAACUUGGGCCCAUUUAGCUCAGGUGGCUUACCAAAUAGGACUUCAUUCUGUUAGCAAGAGAGCAUGUAAUGAGCUUUGGAGCCACUUUACCCUUCCCUUAACCUCAAAUCCUGAAGGUCCAGAACUUGAGGAGAAUAACUGCCUUGAUAGACUGGCUCAAACAAGACUCCGUCCAGAUAUCCUCCCUUCUUCUCCUCUCCUACAGCAGUUGUUUUUCUCCACUAUUUUCAUCCAGACAGAUAUUCACAUCCAAGAGGAGGCACUAUUCUGUGACAGUCUCUGUGAUGGGGGCCCUUUGAUCUGGGGCCAGGAGGCCAGACUUGCAGAGUGUGAACAGAUGCUGGUGGCCAUUGAUCUCGCUCUGCACCUCAAUGACAGCUCUGACACCCUGCAGGCUGUAGUGAACUGUUAUGGCCUUCUUGCUCCAAUUAUCUUCAACCAGAUCCCGUCAGAACCUGUCAUAGAGGUGUUACUGAAAUGCUUUACAGUGUUGUUGGAGGUUCCAGAUGUCCUCAGGCAAAAACACACUGCUUCCACCACAGAGGGCCUGCAGCACAUGGUCGCCUCUAUAACAUAUUAUUUAGCAAAGAGCCUGGACUCGACUCAUCAUUUGGCAUCAUCUCUGUUAGAGUCAGGAAAGCAGCUGCUUCAGGAGAUUACGGAAUACUCCCAGCAAUCCUGCAAAAAACCAUUAUCAGAGGAGCAAGAUGGGAAGAAAACAGCUCCCACUAAUGACGAGGAGCUCAGUGAACAGCAAAAGGCUUUAGAGGCUGUUAUUAUGAAAACCAUGCAAGCUGAAGCUUUAGGAAAUUAUGAUGUCACUUCCGGUAUCAAAAUAGGGCCUCAUAGAUGUGAGCUGUCGGGACAGGAAGACCCUGUUGUACUUUACAUGGUGAUUGAAAACAGUCCUCUCCAUCAUGCCUUUAAAGAGGUGAUGAAGCUCAAGCAGAAGUCUUGUUUCCUGGAGUUUGUUGUGCGCUUGCUUCAGAAAGCUCUGCUAGAAGAUGAGUUGGAUCUGGUUUUGGAGUGGAAGCAAAACAUCUUGAACUGGCUCAGCAGACACGACGAUGCUCUGAUUGAUCUAAAGAAACACUCAGGUUUGCCAGUGGAGGAAUCUAAAGACUUCACAGCCUCUGUGAUAGAGUUUAACACCAAGAAACAAAAAGGUGACAAGAGCGGCAGGAAGUUGCUACAGAAAAAACUACUGAACGCAAUGAAGUGCCAGAUUUCUGAAAGAGAGGUCAAAGCUGUGGACAUCUUGCUAAAUCAACUGGCUGCUUUUAUCAAAAGACAUCAGCGCCGCCAGAAAUUGAGGCAGAUGCGCAUUGAGGAUUCUCUGUGGCGCUGCCAUGUCAAUCUGAGCCUGGCUCGUGCCCACCUAGGCAUGUUGAGAAGGAAAUUGAGACCACCUCCUCAGCUCUGUUUCAGUCGUCUUCCGCAAUCUUUCUUCUCUCUGGCUCACAGUGGAAUGCUUGUUAUGUGGAAGAAUGCUCCACAGCACAUUAGACCACCUGAACUGACUCUUCCCAAAGCUCAUCCUCAUACAGGACAACACACUAAACGCAAUAAAAGGAAGCAUAGAGCAAAAAAGAUCAAUCCAGGAGGACCGAGCGCCAGUGAUGAUGAGCUGAACUCAGCAGAAAGUGAUGUAGAAGGUGAUGUGGACUCCACCUUUCUGCACACCCAUAAUCCUGAAGCUGACGGUGCUUCUGCUGAUCAAACUCCCUCUCAGUUACUGGACACACUUGAUAAAGCCUCUACUCACAUGCGCAGAGCUAUGGUGCUAUCACAUCGCUGGGGGUACUGGACAACUCUACAGUGGGGAUGUCGAAUUCUGUGGGACCAAUGCUGCACACUGAUUCUCAUGUUGGAGGGAGCCCAAGACCCUAACGCCAAUGCAAGACAGCUGACAAUGGAGCAACUGUAUACAGUGAUCACUCCUUUACUGGUGCUGGCCUCGGAUCUUCUCAUGGACAUGAUGGAGAAGCUUAAGCUAUGGAAUGUUUACGAUGAUGAAGAUGGGGAGCUCGAGGCAAGCCUGUUCUUUUCUGCCCCAGUGGAUGAUGGGACAGUGAUAGAUCUGCGCUGGCUGAGGACUCUGGUUCUGCACACGCUAGAACUUCUGUACUACCAGGCCAAGUGGGAGACUCUAGCUCAUCUUGCUCUACUUUUCAACACCUACACUCGGGAACGCUACUCACACAUGGUAACCCCUGUGCUGGUACAUGCUCAAAGGAGACUGCUGGACAGGAUCAGCUGUUUUGGGGGUCCUAAAGCACCACAACCUCACUUCACCUACACUGAGAUCAUUUCUGGAGAGAAGGUAACCUGCAAGAAUUAUGCAAGCAGUCAAGUACUGUUUCCAACAGGAAAAGGUCCCAUUGUGAUUACUCCCAGUGAUGCUCCAGAGAUCAAUGAACUUGCAGCUACACAAAAGGAUGUACAGAGAGCCAUGUGUUUGGUGUGUGUACCGCUUGAUGUCGAGGAAACACUGCACUGUUUCAGAGAGACACUGAAAAGGCAACAACAUAAACUGCUGACUUUUCAGCACAGCAAAAAAUUGUUUUUUCUGCUACUAGCUGACACACAGCAUCCGUAUGUUGAAGUGCCAUUCUUUAAAGAGACCAGCGGCAUUCUGCAGGGGAAGGUGGAACUCAGCAUGGCAGCCAGUACUCCUCCAGGCAUCAACCCUCCAGACCUGUCCAAAGAAGACUUCAGCUCUCUGGGCUCCAUCUACAGCACCACACUGCCACCAACACAGCUCCAGACGGUCUUCACCUCCUACAACAAUGCUAUUAAAUAUCUCAAAGCUAAUAAGUGCAACUCCUUCCUGGUGCAAGCUCACCAUGACCUUGGAAACCUGCAUUUCUACAAUGGAAAUCUAAAGUCUGCACACUCCUGCUGGACUAAAGCUCUGGACUGUGCUCUUCAAAGCUCUGGAGUUCUGGAGUCUUGGGAUGGAGACACCUGGGGCAGCAGCUCCUCUCAGGAAACACUGAGGCAUGCUGGGAUAUGGGGCUGUCUCCAGGGAGCUGUGCUUUCAGCCAAGAUCGCACAGCAUAUCCUUACUUCAAACAUCCACCAGCGCACAAAGUGCUGCCUUCUCUCUGCCAAACUCUUCAAGUGCCUACUGACGGCCUCUUUGCCACAUCCAAAGAUGGACCUGUCAUACUCCACAUACUCUCUGGAGACAGAGCUCAUCCCAGGCAUUGACCUCUUCUCUGAGCCGGAUCGAGGGAAUCUCGGUACCACCGUUGCCAGUUUGUCUUUUCUCUGCCACUGGCUGUACACUUCAGGACACUUUCUCAAGGUUCUUCCUGUGCUGGCUCUGUACCUGUAUAUUGCCAGAACUGUGUGUCAGGAUCCACACCUCACUGUCUCAUGCAGAAUAAUGAAGGUGAAGGUUUUGACAGAGUUGGGGGCCUUCACUCAAGCGAUUAAAGAACUUAGCAGUCUCACAUUUGGUGAAGGAAUUCCUGUAAAUAAUGGAGGCCUCCACAGAGCAGAAAAGCCAUCUUGGGAAAAGAAAUUAUUUAAUGAAGGAAAACCCCUGCUGGAUACAUCCAACCUUCAAGUUCUAGAGGACACGAUCAAUAGGAGACCAAGUACAGAUAUCAUAGCUCUUUAUGGCUCACGACUGACCAAGCAGCUUCUGAUGGCCAAAGUUCAUCUCAUCUUAGCUAUGUGUAGUACUAUACAUGACCUGCCUGAGCCCCCACCAUCAGAGCUAUCCGAAUCCGAGAAACAGUCUAGCACUUCAUGUUUGCCUGAUGCCUCCAUCAGUGAUGAAUCCAAGGGUCUCCAAAUCACUGCUAAGAAACUCACACUGGGAGAAAUCAAGGCCAUGCUCCUAAAAGAAACACACGUUCUGCUUAUUCCUGAGCUCCUGACUCCAGAUCCUCUGAGCACUGAUCCUGAAGAACUGGAGCUGGCAGUGGAGAUCAGACUGUUAUUGUCCAAUAUCAACAUGCAGCAGGGCAGAAUGGCAGCCAGUGCAGAUCUGUCAGUGUCCACGUUGAGGCUGAUCCAGAGAUCUCCUGUGUUUCAAAGUGAUUACCGCCCUCUGCCUCCUCCUAGACCACCAUCUUCUGCUCUCAGACGAGCCAGAGCCAAAGCACAUCAGACAAACUCCAGGGAGCUGAAGUCAGUUCUCGAUCUCCACACCGGAGAUGUUCCAGCAACAGUAGAAGCAAGAGAACGAAUGCAUGUCCUUUUCUGGCUGCGCUGCAGGCUGGCGGUGGUUCGUUCUCUUGUAGGCCACAUCCCUGGAACUGCGAUCUGCUCUGGUGCAGACAGCAGUUCGGAGGCUCUCCAGCUGCUGAAAGAGGGUCUGGCGGAGGCCGAGGCCUGGGGAGAUCCAGACACUAAAGCUUUGCUGCUCUUACAAGGUGUCCAGCUUAACACACACCGUGGCAGACCCAGAGAAGACAAUACAUCCAUGCUUCAGGAGAUUGUGAGCUUGUUAUCUGGACGCAGUGGUUUGUCUCUGCGCUCUCAAAUGACUUUAGCUGAGGCUGUGCUGCUUCUUAGUGAACUGAGAGGAGCGGGAAGUCACACACUACAUCUGCUCACACAGAAACUGCUGCUGCAACAGCUCAAUGCCAGUGGAGAAUCUGUAAGUCUCAAAACCGGAGGUACGGUGGAACUUCUAGCUGGUAUAAAGAAUAUUUAUCAUCCACAGCUACCCCUGCUGGCCAAGACAACAAUGCGGAUUGGUCUUUCUUUAGCAUCACAGGCACUAUCAGGUUCCUCUGAGGGUGAUGACGAUCUCUGGAGGCCUUUAAUAUCUGCUCAAGAAGUUCUGCAAUCUGCACUCAGCAUCUCUCAGGCAUCAGCAAGCAGAGACUGGCAGCUGGAAGCUGACAUUCUCUACUGCAUAGGAGUGGUGGGGAGACAUCUAAUUUCCAUACAAAAAUCAAAUCCCCAGAAAGUUCUAGAGGCCCUGUUUGGAUGUUUAACCACAACCGACCAAGCUAAUAGGCAAAGUUUGCAAUUGACUCAUAGGUGCUACCUGGAAAUGGCAAUAAUAUACUUGCAAGAAUGUGAACAAACUCCAUCCCCUGAAGGGACCAGCAAGGAAACAGCCAAAGAGGCCUGCCUUCUGCUCUGCUGGAUUUGUUGUAGGAUGGCUUUAAAGAUGUCAGAAGUUAUUGGGAAAUGUGGCAGUUUGCAUGGAUUUACUGGAGAAACUGAAGGCUCAAUACCACUUUCUUCAAUGAAAGCCCUGCCUGCAUUUGCAUUGAAUGAUCUCUUUCUGCCUUGUGGUGGGCUAGAACACGUUGAGACUGUCAUCAGUCCUGAAUCAUUCAUAGGCACUGAGCAUGAGAUAAACAGCGGGAAAUACACACAGCUGACCUGGGUUCAUGUGUCCCGCUACUACAUGCACUUAAGCAACCUGCUACAGGUCUCCUCACAAUCAGGUGUGAUGCAGGAUAUUGAUGGGCUUCUGUCUGCAUCCGGUGAUCCCAAACUGGCUCUCAGACUCUCACAGUUGAACACUUUCUUCAGGCAUCACCAUCCAUCUUACAGAGAGCAGUGGGUCAUUCCUGAUCCUCCUGCUGCUCUAAUACUGGAGUCUCUGCAAAAACAGCAUGAUCAGCCCUUGUCAGAUCUCUGGCCAUUAGCCAGCACUGAAGUCCAGGAGCUGAGCAUCCUGUGGUACAGACCCUCUUCACAGCACAAGACGAUUCUGCUUCUCUUCGCUGUAAAUAAUACUCCUAUAUCAGCAAUAACCCCUAUUGCAGACGCAAUUGCUGCAAUACAGGCUGGACAGAAGACAAUCUGUUUCGAAAGGCUGAAGGCUGUACACACCCUACUGAGCUCAACAUGUGUAGAGGUUGAAGGCCAUGUUUCACCCUCCACCAACUCAGCUUCCUCUACAAGCCAAAAAGAAGAAAAGCAAAACACAAGAGUGUCUCCCUCCAGCACUCACCAACAGGACAUGCUUAUGGAGAAGGCCACACGCGUCUACACUGAGAUCAGGAAUUUACUGAAGCCUGAUUUCAGUUCAGCACCCCUUACAGAGAUGCCCGUUGACCAAAGCACAAAGUCUAUCGAGAAUCUUGAGCGCUGCUUUAAUCCUGCAACAGGCGGCACUCUACAAAAUACAGCCCUCAUCAGCUGGAUUCUCUCUCUUCUGAGUUAAUAACCACAGCUUGAUCUGUCCUGCAUAUAUGAGAUAGACCAACAUGCAUACAAAUAUUUAAUAUGCUAUAAUAAUAUUAAUGCCUUUUUAACAGAAAAUAAAGUAAACAGUAAUAAUAAUAUUUCCCCUUUUAUUGAUUUAAACCUACAGCUUAAUCUGCAUUAGAUGGAUAGGUAUAG